AUACAUCUUGUGAAUUCAUUGGGAAGAAAGAAUGGUGACUAUGUCUACAGCUUCACCUUGCCAUACAGGGUCCUCAGUUUGGGAACAAGAACUGACAGCCUGGAAACCAGUGAGUGGCUUGUAGGAAUGACUUUCUUAUCUCUGACUAUAAUUGGAAUUCUAGGGAAUUUUACUCUUCUAUACCAUUAUAUUUAUAUUUACCUAAUAAAGUAUAGGUUAAGGUCUACAGAUUGGGUUCUCAGGCACUUGAUUGUAGCCAACAUCUUAACAUUACUGUGUACAGGAUUGCCCAAGACAAUAUCCUCUUUUGGGUUUAAAGACAUUUUCAACGAUAUGGGAUGCAAAUUAGUUCCUUCUAUACACAGACUAGCUAGGGGUGCUUGUAUUGGCAGCACCUCAUUUCUUAGUGUGUUUCAGGCCAUGAGCAUCAGCUCAAGGAACUCCAAGUAUUCAGAACUUAAAGUAAGAAUACAGAAAUGCAUUUGUUGCUCUGUGUACCUCAACUGGGUAAUUUAUUUAUCUAUAAGCAGCAUAAGUUUUGUGCACAUGAGGGCAAAACAUGGCAAUGAAAGCACAACAAACAUGAAAGCUUUUAUAUACUGCUCUUCUGUUCGGCAAGAUCCAACCAGUGACAUCCUUUAUGCAAUAUUACUGUCCGGCCUUGAUAUGGUUUUGCUGGGGCUCAUGCUAUGGGCCAGUGGCUCCAUGGUUCUCACACUCUACAGGCACAAGCAGAUGAUGAAAUACAUGUCAAGAAUCAAUGCAUCUUCUAGAUCCUCCCCUGAAUCCAGAGCCACUAAGACCAUCCUUCUCCUGGUCAGUACUUUUGUCUCCUUUUACACAAUUUCUUCCCUUUGUCAAUCAUUUGUAUCCAUCAUGUAUAAUCCCAGCUGGUCUCUGGUGAAUAUGGCUGAAGUGUCCUCUCUGCUUUUCCCCACUCUUUGUCCCUUUCUUCUCAUGAGUCAAGACUGUAGGGCAUCCAGUUACUUGAAAAAGAAUAGACACUUCCCCAAGUCCUCUGACAAGGAACACAAUUGA